AAGUUCGUCCAUAGCAUCACUAGUCCCGAGAAGUACCGUCCUUCCAGAUGUACUAGAACAGUUCUGGACGAGAGCCAAUCGUGCGCGGGCGUUUCACCGAUCGGUCAGGAGAUAUAAAAGAGCUCGCCACAUGGCACACUGAUUACAGUUUAUUUCAACGCGAGAACAGAAACGCCGCGAGUAGACGCAACGAGAUUUAAGAGAAAGAAGAAAGAAAACAACAGAGAAAAAAAAAGAGAGAGAGAGAGAGAGAGAGAGAGAAAUACUUAGUCACGUCGACGUUGCGUUUUCCCUAACCACAAACGCUCGAGAAAGAGAAAGAAAAAGAAAUAUAGAACCUUCUGUUUUAUCUCAGACACGAUAAACUAGACACGCUAGGUGUAGACAUAGAGAAAGGAGAAUGAAAAACGUCUGGGGGUUGCGGUGGUACGUUCUCUGCGUCGCCGUUGUUCGCGUUUCAACAUAUCCGGUGAACAAAAGUGACCACACAACACGAUCCGAUCUCGAAGCUUUUUCUACCGAUUAUAUCUUCGAAGAUUUGUCGCCAACUAAAUUUAUUGGCGUCGACAGCGGUUUGGAAGAUUUCGAUUUCCAGCCGGGGGAUAAAAAAAAUACAAGGGUAGAGAAUGUUCUUUCACCUUUAACUUUGGAACCAGACGCUGAAAUGUUACCACCUAAUUUUAAAGGUGUUGUACCACCGGGCGUGGAUCAUAUGGAACUUCAUUUUCGAGAACCACAAGUUAUGGCUACUAAUUCGAGGAGUGUUUUUGAUAACGGUGUUAGAUAUGUGCUUUUCAAUCAAGCGUCUCAAGGAUUAAAAAAUGAUAAAGGUCGUGAGAAGGCGGUUGAAUAUGAAAAUAGAUUAAAGGGCGUGAAGGGAAAAGAGAAACAGAAAAAGGAUUAUACUGAAGCCGGUGGUAGGAAGAAAGUACAUACCGUGAUCAAGAACAAUUUCAAUGAUCAAAAGGAUCAGGUGUUUAACGAGAAAAAUGGAAGUUAUGGGAUUAAAGAUAAUCGUAAUAAGGAUUAUAAAGCUGAAGGCUUUCAUAGCGUAUAUCACAAGGACGAACACAACAAAAAUUCGGAUUUUUACGACAAUGAUCAUCAAGGUGGGCAUUUCAAGAAACACGGAAGAUACGGCGAAAAACAUAGUUCUCUUGAGCACAUCUACAAGAAGGGAUCCAGUCACGAUUCAGCCUUCGAUUUGGCCGAAGCCAAGAAAAAGGGUGGAUCGAAGUCUCUGGUCAAGGAAGAAGUCCAAGGUCAUCCUGUUGUGCUACUGACUACUGGCUAAGUCUACUGGCUUCUUUCAUAACCCUCGACGAAUUAAAAAAGCUGGACUUGUUAAGGGUUGAAAAUACCGUUCGAUGUAUUUUAAUAAGGUGUAUUUAAUUGUUUGUCGUUGUGCGUACGAUUAAAGAAUAGACCGUAGAUUUACGUGUUACUGUUUAUCGAAGAAAUUCAUAAUUAUUUACGGUACCGGUGUUAGAUAAUAUUUCCAUGUUGAUUAAUGAAAUGAUAAAUCUUAAAAAAUGUCUUCUAAUAAUUCUUCUUGUUUGAUAAGAAAAGUUUCGACGAAUGUAAUUCAUAGUAUGUACGUAGGUAGGUAAACGAUUAGAAUGUUUUAAAAGAUACAUAUUGUACGUACAAAGAUUAGAAAGAUAUUGUAACCAUGUUUCUCCCUUCUGACAAAUUUACUUUGACGUAUCGAUUUCUAAGGAAUUACGUUGCCGGGGUGUAAAAUAAAAUCAAGAGCAGAGCAGAGUCGUAUCGAUAAUCGAUACAUUCCCAAGGGGACAAUACCUCGAUCGGAUUGCAGGUUCAUCUUGACGCAUUGUCCUGUUCCUUGAUAACGACCAUGGAGCAACCCCCGACUACGUUUCCCACGGUGAACAACGUGAUUUGCCGACGAUGGUUACGUUGAUUAAUGGAUAUUAAUAAUGUUCGCCAUUGUUGCCGCAAUAAAUCGUGAUUUUUCGUCGCGGUUAGCUGAGACACGAAUAAAAGGUGAUAAUUGAUGCGUCGCUCGCUUGGACGAGAAAGGAGGCCGUUGGAAAUGGAGGAGAAAGAGGAGGAUGAGUAGGAGGCAGCUUUUGAAGCAGAUGAGCGUACGUCGUAGGUUGUGGAACGCGUUUGGAAUACAUAAAUCAGGUGCACCAGUCUGCAGGCUGCUGCCAGCCAUAUCACUUGGCACAACGGCUAUGAAUGAAUAGAGCCGUACCUGAAUUAUCGUCCGCCUUUGCAGAUACUGAGAGGAGGACGCUCGCGCACGUUCCACGACAACAACGGGUAAACAAGUGUGAAUUUAAAACCUUAAACUUUAUCGUUUAAUAAAAGUAUGAUAAAGACGAGCCUGUUAAUAUUCUUUUAUCUCCAUGGUUAAAUAUUUAAGUGUCAAAUUUGUUACAUUAAAAUGAUAUUCUUCAA